AGGGUCCAGUUGCAAUCAUGUGUGACGUAGAGUGCAUGUUCCACCAGUUUCAUGUGAAAGCAGAAGACCAAGAUUAUCUACGGUUCCUUUGGUGGGAGAACGGAGAUCUAGAGUCUCAACCCUCAGCGUAUCGUAUGAAGGUCCACUUGUUCGGCGCAGCUUCAUCUCCUGGUUGCGCCAACUAUGGUCUCAAACAUCUUGCUGCCGAAGGACGAGGAAGCUUCAGCGAGAAGUCUAUCCAGUUCAUAGAAAGGAACUUUUAUGUUGAUGAUGGGUUGACGAGCGUAUCGUCUGAAGCUGAAGCGGCCCAGCUGGGGAAAGAAGCAAGAGAGCUUUGCAGCAUCGGCAAACUUCGGUUGCACAAGUUUAUCUCUAACAGCAAGGAAGUUAUAGCCACAAUUCCCAAGGAAGAACGUGCCAAGGGUGCCAAAGACCUGGAUAUGGCUCUGGGUGAACCACACAUGGAGAGAGCGCUUGGUGUACUGUGGUGUGUCGCAUCAGACGAGUUCCAGUUUAGAGUAGUUGUCAAGGAACGCCCACUCACAAGAAGAGGAGUGUUGUCUACAGUAGCCUCUGUAUAUGAUCCGCUUGGGUUUGUGGCACCCUUUGUCCUGGUGGGGAAGCAGAUCUUGCAGCGGAUGUGUCGUGACAGAAUCGACUGGGAUGACCCCCUUCCAGAUGACCUACGUUCCCAGUGGGAAUUCUGGCUCCAAGGUCUACAAAACUUGUCUGAAGUAAGGAUCCAACGAAGCUACUUGCCAUCAAGUUUCAAGGAGGUGCAGAGUUAUGAGCUCCAUCACUUCUCCGACGCUAGUACCUCAGGUUAUGGAGAGUGCUCAUACCUCAGAACAAUCAGCACCGCAGGAGAAGUUCAUUGCUCCCUAGUUAUGGCAAAGUCGAGAGUCGCCCCUUCCAAGGUUACGACCAUACCACGACUGGAACUUUCAGCAGCGGUGGUAGCUGUUCGAACAAGUGACAUGCUCAAAAAGGAGUUAGAGAUACAAGGUCUACAGGAAUACUUCUGGACAGAGUCGAAGGUAGUUCUUGGCUACAUCAACAAUGAAGCCAGAAGAUUCCACGUCUUUGUAGCUAACCGUAUUCAACGCAUUAAACCUCCAACACAGACAGAAAUGGAGUAAAGACUGAAGAAACGCAAGGAUUAAUGACAUUGUCAUUUUGCAAGAUGAUACUGCACCACGCAACCAGUGGAAAUUGGCAAAGGUUACAGAAGUGUACCCGGGACAGGAUGGCCGGGUGAGAAGAUUCAAGUUACUGAUCAGCGACUCAACCGAAGAUGAGAGAGGUAAACGCAUCACCAAACCCACCUGUCUGGAGAGGCCCAUCCAUAAGACAGUCACCCUCCUGGAAGCCGAUCAAGAAACCUGCAGACCCCUUUCACAGAAAUCACUGGUGAUUGGUGGGAGUGUAACUGACAGUUAGACUUACAGGUUAUGUCGUUGUCUUUUGUUUGAAUUGUUUAUGUGUCCGCUGUGCGGGGAAAUGAUAAUACAAGCGGAACUACGUAGCUAAUACUGUUGUAACGGGGAUCCUUAUUGUAGCAACACACCUUUGGAGGGAAGGCAAUCCUGCGCUGCGUUAGCUAAGUUUUCAUGUCAUCGGGUGUAGUUCAUAAUGGUUGAAGAGUGUAUGUUAGGAUGAAGUGUGAAUUCAUGCCAGGAAUAAUAAGUGUGAAGUUUAAUUUCCUCCCUUCUGUAAUAAGCAGCCAAUGAGUUCUCACGGAAGGUGAUAAUUCUGACUAAAACUACAGAAUAAAGCCGCCAGUUAAAAUCAA